UGUUCCUUAGAAAUUAUAUUAAACACAGUAAAAAUUCAAACAACUUAACAUAUACAAAUAAUUAACUAGACAUGAAGAUCAUGGUCUUGACACUCAUGGUUUUCGUCAUACUUCUGACAUUGUUUCCGGCUCCAAACGAAGCGGCAGACACAAAUGUGGAAGCAGCAUGUGACCCAAAGCAGCUUCAGCCUUGCCUGGCCGCGAUUACUGGAGGAGGACAGCCCUCGGGUGACUGUUGUGCAAAGCUGAAGGAGCAACAACCAUGCUUGUGUGGGUUUUCUAAGAACCCUGCUUUUGCUCAGUACAUUAGCUCUCCCAACUCUCGCAAAGUCCUAACCGCUUGUGGUAUUCCUUACCCAAGUUGUUAAAACUCUUAAGAGUUUUUACAAAUAAAUAAAUAACGAGUAAGGAAGAUGAAUAAAUUAUAUCAAGCUGUUUUUUAUGAAAUAAAAUAACCGUUAGUAUGUAAUGUUUAUAUGGUUAAAUAAAGUUUACCUUCUCAUAUGA